UAAUAAAAGUUCUAACAACAAAAUGUCAAAAAUUAUAAACCAUUAACAAUUAACAAUUAAGGGUCGCUUAGGGCUAAGGGACUUAAGAUUUUCUUUUCAUUGAGGAGGGAGCAUGGUUAUUAUUUAAAAUGAUAACAAAUGAUAAUUCUAAUAGAUAAUACCAAUUUUCAACAUGUUUUCGUAACUUCUAUAUUAGAUCAACGACAUUAUCACUAUAAUUAAUAACAUAAGAAAUAUUAACAAUAAUUUGGAGCUAUGUGUAUAAUAUAAUAACUUAAGCUGUCCCUAUAAUUUCAUAAAAAUAUUAUAUUAUUGUUAAAAUGAGUGUUUUUAGUCAAAAAGUAUUAAAUUUACUGAAAUGUGUGUGUACCAAUAAAGUCUAUUAUUGCAAAUAUCAUAAAGGUAUACCAAGAAAAAUAAUUGAGACUACUGUAUUAAGUACAAAACAUUUAACACCAGAAAUAAAAUUAUACUUGAUUACUGAAAAAUGUAAAUUAUGGAACGCACCAAGUGAUCAAUGUGAGUUUGAAGAUCCAUUUUGGGCAUUUUAUUGGCCUGGUGGUCAAGCUAUUUCUAGAUUUAUAUUAGAUAAUCCAACUUAUGUGAAAAAAAAAAGUGUCUUAGAUGUUGGAAGUGGAAGUGGAGCUUGUUCAAUUGCAGCUGCUAAAGCUGGUGCUAAAAACGUUACUGCUAAUGAUAUAGAUCCUGUUGCAUGCAUUGCAGCCCAAUUAAAUGCUGAACUAAACAACACCAAAAUUGAAAUUUUAACCAAAAAUAUUUUAUUUGCUGAAAGUUUAAAUUGGGACGUUAUCAUAAUUGGUGAUAUGUUUUAUUCAGAAGAAUUAGCUAAUUUAUUAUGGGAUUGGUUACUAAGACUAAGUGAUAAUCGACAAACUAUAUUAAUUGGAGAUCCAGGAAGAUAUUGUUUUAAACCUGAUAAUAAAUUGUUAAAACGUUUAGUAAAACUAAAAGAAUAUAAUUUAACUAAAAAUAGUUGUUUAGAAAACAGAGGAUUUUCUACUACAUCUGUAUGGACAAUUAACUAA